UUCCACUUUUUUAAUGUCCCGCAAAGUUGUACAAUGUGCUUUAUAAAUUUUAGUAUCACUUCGAUGUUUUGAAUGAUUAGUUGAAUAUUAUAAUCGUAUUAACGAAAAUAAUAAUAAUAAUAAUGCAAUUUAUUUUUCGAUUGUCAGGUCACGGAAGAAAUUUACGUGUACAAAAAAAACAUUCACGAGGAUUAAAAUUAAAUCAUGUUCGUGCUGCGAGAUUUGAAAAAUUAUUUCCACCAAGGGAGGAAUUUGAGAUGCGUCACAUUGGACCCAGAAUUCAAGAUCAAAAGGAAAUGCUCAAAACUUUGGGUUUUAAGUCCCUUGAUGAACUAACUUCAACAGCUGUGCCAAUUAAUAUUCGUUGCAAAAAUGAUUUGGAUAUCGAAAAGCCCGUUACCGAGUAUGAUUUAUUAAAAAGAGUUAUUGAAAUUUCCGAGAAGAAUAAAAUUUGGAAAUCUUACAUUGGAAUGGGUUAUUAUAAUUGUUGUGUACCUCAUACAAUUUUGAGAAAUAUUUUUGAAAAUCCCGGAUGGACAACACAGUACACGCCGUAUCAGCCAGAAAUAUCACAGGGCAGAUUGGAGGGUUUAUUAAAUUAUCAAACAAUGAUUUGCGAUAUGACAGGAAUGGAAAUUGCAAAUGCAUCGCUUUUAGAUGAGGGAACCGCUGCCGCUGAAGCAUUAGCACUUGCCUAUAGGCAUAAUAAGAGAAAAAAAUUAUUUGUCUCACACAAUGUUCAUCCACAAACAAUAAGUGUUAUUGAAACACGUGCCACAUCAUUGGGAUUAAAUCUUGAAGUUGGCGAUAUUUUUAAACUCGAUACAAAUGAUAAAAAUUAUGCCGGUGUACUUUUACAGUAUCCCGAUACACGUGGAUCAAUUCAUGAUUUUACAAAUGUCAUCAAUAAAGCCCAUGAGAAUGGAACAUUAGUGUGCGCAGCUGUUGAUUUAUUAGCAUUGGCAAUAAUGCAACCACCACGUGAAUUUGACAUUGAUAUUUGUGUGGGAACGAGUCAACGAUUUGGUGUUCCCCUUGGCUAUGGAGGACCGCACGCAGGUUUUUUUGCAUGUCGUCAAAAAUUAGUGAGAUUAAUGCCAGGACGUAUGAUUGGAGUGACACGUGAUACAAAUAGAAAAGACGCUUAUCGUUUGGCACUUCAAACACGUGAACAACAUAUUAGACGUGACAAGGCGACAAGUAAUAUUUGUACUGCUCAAGCACUAUUGGCAAAUAUGUCAGCAAUGUAUGCCGUUUAUCAUGGACCGCAAGGAAUCAAAGAAAUUGCCAAUAGAAUUCAUUAUUUGACCCUAGCACUCGCUCAUGGUUUGAUCGAUUCUGGAAAUAAAGUCGAAAACAAUUAUUUCUUCGAUACAAUUACAAUUUUACCAAAAAAUCAAGCAACUAUCAAGGAAAAGGCACAAGAGGCUAAAAUAAAUUUAAGAUACAAUCAAGAUGGAACGAUCGGAUUGUCAUUGGAUGAAACAACAACAAUUGAUGAUGUAAAUGAAUUAUUGAAAAUUUUCGAUGUUGACGAGAAAAUUAACGAAAUUGUGGAAAAAGAAUCAUUUGGCAUUAAUGAUCUCAAUAAAUCCCCUUUCGCAAGAAAUAGCAAAUAUCUCACGCAUCCAGUUUUUAAUUCACAUCAUUCGGAAACGAGAAUCGUUCGCUAUAUGAAAAGUUUGGAAAAUAAAGACGUUUCUCUUGUACAUAGUAUGAUUCCCCUGGGCUCGUGUACAAUGAAAUUAAAUUCAACAACAGAAAUGAUGCCAUGUAGUUUGCCAGGAUUCAAAGAUAUUCAUCCAUUUGCUCCCGCUGAUCAAACAAAUGGAUAUCGGCAAUUAUUUGAUGAAUUGGAAAAAGAUUUAUGUGCAAUAACGGGCUAUGAUAAUAUUAGUUUUCAACCAAAUAGUGGAGCACAAGGGGAAUAUGCGGGUCUUCGUGCAAUUCAAUGUUAUCAUGAAUCACAGGGUAAUUUAGAUCGUCAAGUUUGUUUAAUUCCAGUAUCGGCUCAUGGUACAAAUCCAGCAUCAGCACAAAUGGCGGGCAUGCAAGUUGAACCAAUAUUUGUGCUUAAAGAUGGUUCAGUUGAUAUUGAACAUCUUAAGGAGAUGAUUGAUAAAUUUAAAAAUCAUUUAUCGUGUUUAAUGAUCACUUAUCCAUCGACAAAUGGCGUUUUUGAGGAGACAAUUGGCGAUGUUUGCGAAAUGGUCCACAAAGCUGGGGGUCAAGUUUAUCUCGAUGGUGCCAAUAUGAAUGCACAAGUGGGACUUUGUCGUCCCGGUGAUUAUGGAAGUGAUGUCUCACAUUUGAAUCUUCAUAAGACAUUUUGUAUUCCUCAUGGAGGCGGUGGACCUGGAAUGGGACCAAUUGGAGUGAAAAAGCAUCUUGCGCCCUUUUUGCCUGGUCAUCCGAUAAUUGAUACAGAAACGGGAAUGAUAAAAAUCAAUAAAGGUGUGGGUGCAGUUUCGGCAGCUCCCUAUGGAUCGUCGGCAAUUUUGCCAAUUUCUUGGGCCUAUAUUAAAAUGAUGGGACCCAAAGGUUUGAGAAAAGCAACGCAAGUGGCAAUAUUGAAUGCAAAUUACAUGAGUAAACGCCUUGAGCAUCAUUAUAAAACACUUUACAAAGGUAUUAGUAAUUUGGUGGCGCACGAAUUUAUUUUGGAUAUUCGUGAUUUAAAAAAAUCGGCAAACAUUGAAGCCGUUGAUAUUGCAAAAAGAUUGAUGGAUUAUGGAUUUCAUGCGCCAACAAUGAGUUGGCCGGUUGCUGGAACUUUAAUGAUUGAACCCACUGAAUCGGAGGAUAAAGGAGAAUUGGAUAGAUUUUGUGAUGCACUUAUUUCAAUAAAAAAAGAAAUUGAUUAUAUCGAGAGUGGAAAAUUCGAUAAAAGUAUUAAUCCAUUAAAAAUGGCUCCUCACACACAAGAGGAGGUGAUCAAUUCAAAAUGGGAUCGUCCUUAUUCUCGUGAAAUUGCAGCUUAUCCAGCCUCCUUUGUGAGAGACAUGAAAAUUUGGCCAAGUGUUGGAAGAAUAGAUGAUAUUUAUGGAGAUAAACAUCUAUUUUGCACAUGUCCACCAAUUCUUCCAUCUCAAUAAUUUUACUUUUCAUCUUUAGUAUUUAAGUAUUUAUUGCCUC